GUAAUAGGCUCAUUUUUAUAUUUGGAGAAAGUGAAAUGCUGCAAUGUUGGGACCAGCUGUGGGACUCUCUUCAGGUCUUUGAAUUCCCAUGACCUUUCCUGGAACAGCUGUGGGUUUGGAAGAGGCAGCCCUGACCAAAGUCUCACCCCACCUCUAGGCUGUAAGUGGCCUGAAGCAGGGCAAAUCCCUGCCUCCCCACCCACACCUUCCCCAAGUGCCUUCAGUUCCUUCCUACGGAGCUGUCUGUGACUGCCGAGGCAGCCUGUCCUCCUGUAUCCACCAUAAGGAGUGCCAGGAAACGGGGCAUCCGGAGGCAUCUAUCCCCAAGGACCAGCUGGACCUCCGAUUCUGAGCUGCAGCCCGAGGACUGGAAGGCAUGGCACCAGAUGUGGUCUGGCUCCUUUUCUUCCAACCAACUCUGGCGAUAGGCCUCUCGAUGCAGACUGCCAUCAAGAACUUCCGAAUCUUACAUGUCGACUACCCCAAGGUCAACUACGCGAAGGGUUUCCAUGGAUACUGUAACGGCCUCAUGGACUACGUGAGGGGAAGGCUGAAGGACUGGUACUGCCCUAAGAUCCACUAUGUGGUGCAUGCGCCCUGGGAAGGCAUUGAGAAGUUCUGCAAAUACAGCGAGAGCUUCUGUGAGAACUACAAUGAGUAUUGUACCCUCACUCAGGAUGCCUUCCCGCUCACAAUCUGCACCUUGGACCAUAAACAGCCGCCGUCCAGCUGUAGCUACAACAGUACCCUGACCAACCAAAGGCUGUACUUGCUCUGCUCCCGCAAGCAUGAUGCUGAGCCAAUAGGCAUCAUUGGCCUCUCUUAGGGACUCAGCUCCCGAACAGUCCCACCUAGUAUGGCCCCUACAUGCCACCCCAAAGCUUGUCCCCAGUCUCUUGAGUCUGGCAGUGAGUCUUCCUCCCUGACUUCUGAAACAGAGCCCCUCCCUCCUCUUUAGGCUCUUUUCACCUUCCCAUCCCCCCCCACCUCGAGCCUCUCUCUCCCACCCAAGAAGCCGACUGUGUCCAGCUGGCCGUGCUUGUCUAUACACUGGGCCAGAUUCCGACUUCUGGAUGGAGGCCCAGGCCCCAGCUCACACCAUGGCAACAGGCACCCAGCUCCCGUACCUCUCCCUAUCCCUGUUUUUAGUGUCAACUCCGCCCCUACCCCCAGCCCCGAAGCUCCCCGCUGUUUUCCUUAUAAUUCUUGCCACACUCUAACAAUAAGAACCUUCCUAUGACCCUUGGGCCCAUUUUGUCUCACUUCCUCAAAGCCCUCUCUGUCCCCAGCCUGUACUUCUCUGUGAUUUCCCCUUUAUAUAACCUGUCCUUCCCUAUCUCCUUCCACCACGGAGAAUAGUGAUGUUUUUUUUCCUACUUUCCCAACCACUGUUAGCCACGCUGCCCACCUUUUCACAACCUCCGCCUUCCAUUCCUCUCUCACCUUGGCCCAGAGAAAUUUUAAAUUAUCCUUUCUGGUUUUUUGUUUGUUUGUUUGUUUGUUUUUCCCAAGGUCCCUCAGUCCCUCUUUCCUCCCUUAUCUCUACCCAACAUUUCCCAGACUCUAGGGAGUCUGUUUCACUCAGGUGUCAGAGGAUGAGGCAGGCCCAGCUCCAUCACGUAAAGUGUAAAAACCACUGGGGGAAACUGGGCAAAAGGUCCAUGGGCGCCUUUCUGUAGUGACUUCUUGUAAAUCUGUGAUCGUUUCAAAAUAAAAAGUUAAAAACACAUUCAACUCAA